AUGUUAUAUGGAUGGAAUUUCGAUCAUUAUCUUUCUGAUGCAUAUGGAUUUAUGCUUCAAACUUAUUCAAUACCAUUCUGUAAGUUUUGUUCAUUUUUAAAUUAUUUUACAGCACAAGUUUCAGCUUGGUUACGUGUUUUUAUUUGUCUUGAUCGAUAUUUAUCAUUAAGUCAUCGUCAUAAAACAUGGUUUAGUCAAUCAAGAAAUGUUCUUAUUAUUAUUAUAUUCAUCAUUAUAGUUUUUACUAUUAUUAAUUUUCAUUUUUUUUUAUUUGCUUGUUAUUAUAAUGAACAUGGCACAAUGGAUGCACAAGCUCGUCACUAUCAAAUAUAUUCAUUAUGGGAUUAUAUGAAUUUAGGUCUUUACAAUUGUGCACCAUUUAUUUUUAUGAUUGUAUUUAAUAGUGGUGUAAUAUAUCAUUUGAUUUAUCUUCGUCAAACAAAUACAAUUCAAAAAUCUUGA